CCCGCCUGCUUGAGUGCUGCACUGCCUCCCGGAGCUCGGGACCCGCCACCCGGGGGAAGGAGGACGAAGGGACGCGACCAUGGCUCCGCGAGGGCUCGGGCCCGUCGUCCUCGCCGCUGCUGUCUUCGUGGGAGGCGCCGCGAGCUCGCCGCUGGUGGCCCCGGACAAUGGUGGCAGCCACACACUGCACUCUAGAACAGAGACUACACAGUCGCCCAACAGUGCUGGGAAUGGACACCCAGAGUAUAUCGCAUACGUGCUUGUCCCCGUGUUCUUUAUCAUGGGUCUCUUCGGCAUCCUCAUCUGCCACCUGCUGAAGAAGAAAGGGUAUCGUUGUACAACAGAAGCCGAACAAGAAGCCCAAGAAGAAAAAGUUGAGAAGAUAGAAUUGAAUGACAGUAUAAAUGAGAAUAGUGACACAGUUGGGCAGAUUGUCCACUACAUCAUGAAAAAUGAAGCAAAUGCUGAUGUUUUAAAGGCAAUGGUAGCAGAUAACAGCGUGUGUGAUCCUGAAAGCCCCGUGACCCCCAGCACUCCUGGGAGCCCACCCAUGAGCCCCGGGCCCUUGUCACCAGGGGGCACCCCUGGGAAGCACGUCUGUGGCCACCAUUUGCACACAGUGGGUGGUGUUGUUGAGAAGGACGUUUGUCAGCGGUGUAGGCACAAACGUUGGCACUUCAUAAAACCCACCAACAAGUCCAAGGAGGGCCGACCAAGGCGCCAAGGAGAGGUCACCGUGCUCUCUGUUGGCAGGUUUAGAGUUACAAAAGUGGAACACAAAUCUAAUCAGAAGGAGCGGAGAAGUUUGAUGUCUGUUAGUGGGACUGACAGCGUCAAUGGGGAGAUGCCUGUGACACCCAUGAAGAGAGAACACAGUGGCACAGAGUAGCAGGAGUGAUUUUAUUCGAAGAGUUCUAAGAGACUGAAAACUUACAAGAUAUGAAGUUGCUUAGGGAAUAUUUUUGUAUCUUUUGUACAAAAUUUUCUAACAUGAAGUCUCCAGGCAAGUGGAUAAAACCUAAAAGGGAAUAUUGUUACUAUGCUGGAUGCAGAGUUCCCUUCGCUUUGAAACAAGUUUGAUUUAGAAAGUCUGGUGAAAAAUUUAUUAUGUUUCCAGGGAAGGAAAGUGCUCAUUUUUUAUCUUUCCGACCACCAUCAGCCACCACCUCUCCCAGCCCCCCAGCCCCUGCCUUGGUGUCCACGCUGCAAUUUUUCCAGCAUGAGCUCUGGGAACAGUGGAACUGUUCACAUACAGUCUGAACUUAAGCUUGGGGUUGUGUGUGUGUGUGUCUGUUCCCCCAACCCUUAUAUCCCAUUUUGAUUCUGGUUGUAAGAAGACCCUCGUACAGUUUGGUACAGAAGGUGAAAGAUGACUCUGGUGGAGAAAGGUCCUUGGUGGUCAUCUAGUCCGGCUUUGAGAAAUGGAUCCCCCAAGAGAUCAUGGAGUCAGAUGGGACUGGAUCCUAGACUUUAGUUUCCAAGACCAAGAAUUUAGCAUUACUUCUACCACUGUCAUGCCACCCCUAGGUCACCUUUGUAUCUUGAGAGUUGUAUUUUUCUUUUUAACUUAAGCUAAGCAUCUCUUAUUGUCCCUUUGAAUAAAGAGGAAAUGGUUUAAAGCAAUUCAAACAAAAAUAUUCUUGUUUUGACAGCCCAAGGUCAAAACCAAACAAAACCAACUUCUGUGCAAGAUGGGCCCGCACCUACCUCUGGCAUGUUUUUCUUGGUGCACUUCCUGUUUUCCAUCUUGUAUCUAAUGUUUGUUAUUUAAAAGACUCAAGGUUACUUUCCCUUUCAGCCUGGCACACCUCACUUAAAAAAAAAAAAAAAAAAGCUUUAUGGUUUAAGAAGCACCUGAAAUAACCAGAGGCAAAGACAGUAGUACAUUUUUGGUAGGUCUGGGAUGAGUGAACCUAUUCAGGAUCCUCCAGGUAGAGUGGAGCCCUGAGCCUGAGGGCUUUGCCAUUGUGUUCUCAGUGCAAGCCAGGAAAGCCCAGCCAAGCUGCCAUGUGCUCAUUGGAUCCCAGAGUGAACUUCUGGUGAAGCUUCGGAGAGACACCCCACCUUCAAGCAUCUAAGGUUCCUUGGGGUUCAGGACGUUUUUCAAAGAGGAAAAGCAUUUUCCUCAUUUGGCCCCCAAAAGAUGAUUUCCAUAAAAUAUAUUUUAAAGUAUUUACUGUAAAUAUACUCAUUCCAUUCUGUUUCUGGCAUCAAGCUAAAAGUUUCUAAUCUUUUAAAUGAAUGGUAGAUUCAAUUUAAUUACUGUGUAUUUUUUUUCUGACUACUAAUAAGGUGUACUGUGUACAAAAAUACAUACUGUGGAAUAGAAAAAGUCAGUAUGGAAAUAAACAUCACAGAGGUCCAGAAAGUUGCAAUAUAGGAUUUUUUUUGUGUGUAUGUAUUAGUAUAAAUAAUAUAUGUGUGGUGUAGACCAGUUGUUAAAAACAAACAGAAUCAUCUUUUGCUUUAAAAAUAAUAUGCCCUCAAAGUGAUGAGGUUUGUAAGAUAUUCUGAAGCUUUAAUUUUAUUCAAGUCAGAGCACUUUUUUUUUUUUUUUACAGCAGUGCAGCAGACAAGAGAAUACUCAAAAAUAUUUAAAAUUGUAUUUAUACCAAGAGUAUGUUUUAAAUGUUUUCUAAUACUUGAGCAAUUUUUGUCUGGUGGACUUCCAAAUAUGCCAAAAAUUAAGCAUUCAAUAUUUUCAACAUGUAAGCUUUUUACUGGUUUAUAUGUCUAAUGAGAAUUUGUAAGUGUUCCCAAAGCAACUGAUGUUUACAGGCCUUGAGCUUUCCCUCAUUCUUUAGGAUUGGGGGUCCACAACAAACUUACCAUGCAAAACACUAAUGAUGGAUAGCUUCUUGGUGUGAUAAAUGAGUUGGCUACUACCUUGAUGUAAAAAUUUGUAAAGGGAAUUUUUCACCAUUUCGAGUGUCAAAUGUAUUUUUAACUGUCUGGUUUGUACUUUUAAGACUUUUGUAUUACCAAAGCAGAGUUAAAAAUAAAAAUGUUAAGUACA